AUGAUCAAAGUAGGAGAACAACUACCACUUAACAUCACACUCUGGAAGACCUCCAAGCCAUUGGAUGAUGGCACAUGUCCAAUCGCCCAGAAGGUUGUCUCAAAGGACCUCUUUGAGAACAAAAAGGUUGUCUUGUUUGCUGUGCCAGGUGCAUUCACUCCAACAUGCUCUGGAAAGCAUUUGCCUGGCUUCCUAGCCAACUAUGACCAAAUCAAGUCCAAGGGCAUUGACAAUAUCAUCUGCAUUGCCACCAAUGACUCUUUCGUCAUGACCUACUGGGGCAAGGACCAAAAGGUUGGCGACAAGAUCCAGUUGGUCUCUGAUGGAAACUCAGAGUUCACAAAGAAGAUCGGUUUGGACUUUGAUGGCUCAGCACAUGGAAUGGGUGUCGGAAGAUCUCUUCGUUAUGCCAUGAUCGUAGACAAUGCCGUUGUCAAGUAUCUGGGCGUUGAGAAGCCUGGACAGCUUGAGGUGUCCACUGCUGAGGCCAUCCUCGCCAACCUCUAG